AUGUCGCCGUCAGCAGUCAAAAGGAAGCUGAGCAGCUCAGCACGAUCAGUCAGUCCACCACCCUUACGUCGUCGUACUGAUGCUGUUCAAGCGCAACGAGCAGCACAGACAGAAAGCACCAAUCACUCUCACAAGCUCAACUUCUACAGCUGGAACGUCAAUGGCAUAGGACCACUCCUGCAGAAGCAAAUCAGCUUCACACCCGACGCAACCUAUCCAUUGAGAAACUUCCUCAAAGCCCACAAGUGGCCACACUUUCUGUGCCUCCAAGAAGUCAAGAUCAACCGAGCUGAUACAGCAACCCAACGUCGUGUCGAAUUAGCAGCAAAUGCAGGUGCUCAAUCGGAUGAGCCCACAUACAAUACACAUUUCUCCCUGCCUCGAGACAAGUACAACGCUACAGGGUUCAGUGGUAAAGUGCACGGUACAGCGACGCUGACAAGGGACGACACACUGGAAACUGCUGCCAGUGUACCUGAUUUUGAUCUAGAAGGCCGCGUGCUCAUACACGAAUUUGCAACAAUUCCAUUGGUUGUAAUCAACGGCUACUGGGUCAAUGGAACCUCAAAUUCAUACCGCAAUCCAGAUACUGGCGAAAUCCAAGGAACAAGGCACGACCACAAACUCCGCUUCCACAAGCACAUAUUAGACCUCUGCAAAUCGAUCGAAGAGCGCGGUAAAUCAGUACUAUUGCUCGGUGACAUGAAUGUGGCACCGACCCGAAUCGACGGCCACCCAAACCUACGAACAUCACCCAUACAGCACGUCAUAAACAGAGCCGACUUCAAUCUCAAAUUCCUAGACAAAGAUUCCGAAACCGGUCUCAGAGGAAUAGACGUGUUCAGACACUUGCAUGGAGAGAAAAAGAAAUAUACCUACCACGGACGAGGAAGACCGUGGAGCGAGAGCUGUGAUCGUGUGGAUUUGAUUGUUGCGAGUCGUAAGCUUGUGGACGAUGAGGCUGUCAUCGUGGAUACUGAUAUCUGCGAUAAUCCGCACGAUAGAGGCCACAGUGACCACGUGCCUCUUUGGGUGUCACUUCAUGCCUCAACAUGGCUGAAUCAGAGCGAAAGCAAGGUGGAUUGA